AUGGAGGAGUUGAAGGAAAAGUAUCCAGACUAUGAAGAAAUGGAUAUAGAAACUUUAGAUAGCGAAUUACCGUACCUUGACAAGGAUAUUAACGAGGAAAUUAAUUACGUACAGGAACUGAGGAGGAGAAAAAUAUUGGAACUGAGAUACGUCAGAAUGCUAUCAAAUGAUUACCAAAGAGAGUCAAACUUAAAUAAACUUCUCACCUUAAGAGAUAAGGUGAAAAAGAGGGAUCUCAUUAAACGGGAUGAUCGUAGGAGACUGCAGAGGCUCAGGUUAUGGGCAAGGGAGAAUGCAGGCAUCUUAUCAGCUGUUCUAAUUUCCUCAUCAGCUGUAAUCAUAGGACUGGUAGCAUCAACUAGAAACAUAUUGUGGAAAGUAGGUGACACAACAGAAAAGCUCGAUAAGCGGAUCAGUGAGUUGGUAAACCACCAAAUAGAACUACCACCUGUAUUUCAGAAAAUAGCCGAUGGAGUAGAGUUAGCAGCGGAUAAUAUAUGGAUAAUCAUUGUAUGUGCAGCAGUAGUUUUACUAUACAAAUACAGCUAA